AUGUCAUCUGUCAUUGCAAAGGGUGUUGGGAGAUAUCUCUACCCGGCCGAGACGUCCCGGCAUGCUGCAACUAUCCUCGGCUUUCCCUCCAAAUACGCCCUUGCUCCAGCAUACUAUGAACAUGCGUGCACAGAUAUUGCUAGUCUGGCAUCCGCUAUAUCGGCAUUUGAGCCAGUGAGACUAUAUGCUCGCUCAGAAGACGUGGGAAAGGCACAGUCAAUGGUCAAGCUUGCCAGCGAGACGUAUCCCAACGACGCAGCAAACAUAUCUUUCAUCCCCUUCCAAACCAAUCAUCUCUGGGUCCGCGAUACUGGCCCCGUCUAUGUACAGAGGCUUGAUGAAGCAUCUCAGCAGAAGCGUUUUGCGAUUAAUUUCCGGUUCAGCGAAUGGGGCAAGAAAGAUGACAUCGGUGAUCACGAUCGCGCUUCUGAUGGUCUUGACUGGCCCGUCAUGGCCCCAGAACAACUCGAAGAGAACAACAAAUUUGCCGAAAGGGUCAUUAAAUCCGACUCCUCUCCUUCUCCUGUCACAAUAGUAGAAUCGGAGAUUUGCGUGGAGGGUGGGGCACUUGUUGUUGAUGGUGAUGGAACUCUCCUAGCCACGGAGAGUAGCAUUCUCAACGAGAACCGCAAUCCGGGGCUCUCGCGGGAGGCGAUUGAAGUCGAGUUGAAGCGCGUACUAGGAGUCGAGAAGAUAAUUUGGUUUCCUGGCAGGAAGGAUCUUGAUGUCACAGAUGUACACGCCGACGCCGAACCGGACCCAACUGUACCAUCGGCAUGGCUGGAGAUAUAUGAGGAGAUUAAAGAAAUUCUGAGCAAGUCUGUUGACGCAAAAGGUCGACCCUUUGAAGUUCAUACCGUGGAUGAACCGAGUCCCAAUGUUUUCGGCGAUCUUGCGUACGAAGAGCCGGCCACGAACUAUGUCAACUUCUAUUUCGUGAAUGGUGGUCUCAUUCUUCCUCAAUUUGGAGAUCAACAAAAGGACCGAGAAGCUGUUGAGACAUUGCAGAAACUCUGUCCCGAUCGGGUGGUUCGACCUGUUCGUGUUACUGGGCUUCCGCUAGCUGGAGGUGUUAUUCAUUGCUCGACCCAGCAAGUGCUCUCGGUGGAAGAUAUUUGA